AUGAAGCAAAAGGGGGAAAACGAAAUUUACGCAAAGUAUGAGGUGAAUUUAGUAGUGUCAAUAAUUUUAAAAAACAACUUCACUCGGGUGGCAAUCCAGCUACCUGACUGUAUGCUUGAAGAUUCUCUAACCAUUUCGAAUGUCAUUCAGCAAGAGAUCCAGAAAAGGCGGAAAGGAGGCCCGCAUGGGGUAAAAGUGGAUGGGGUAAAAGUGGAAGGGGUAAAAGUGGAAGGGGUAAAAGUGGAAGACAUGAAAAGAGAAGCCGUGAAUGUGGAAACCGUGAAAGAAGAAGUAAAAAAAACACAUGCUAUCGAGUCGAUCCCACCGACAGUUCCAAUGACAACAGCAGGAGACGCUGGGACAUGCUGUGGGGACGAUAAUAAUUGCCAAAAUGAAGCACAUUGUAGUGAUAUGACCAACAGAAGUGAACCAAAUGGAAGCAGUGAAGAAAUAGAUGUAAACAUAUACAUAUUAGGAGACACAUCAUUAAAUGAAUGCUGUGAGGAUUAUGUAAACGCUGAACAUGUUCAAUCAGAUUUUUUAGUUCAUUAUGGAAAUGCAUGCCAAUCAUUUACUAUUCCAUACAUACCUUCUGUUUACAUAUUUAAUGAAGUUAAAGAAGGGAAAGAGGUUCUUUAUAAAAAUGUUAUUCAGGAUUUAAAAAGAAAUAAAAUAAUAGGAAAUGAUAAAACAUCUAUUAUAUUAUGCGACGUGACAUACACAAGCUGCAUUCCCAGUUUAGUGAAGUGUUUUUUCGAAAACAGUUGUAAGAAAGUUCUACUUGCCACUCCCCAAGGGAGGAGAGUAGAUAAUGUAGAUCCUUCUGUUGGAAGUUCUUCCAAUAUGAAAAAGACUGAUAAAAUGAGAUUAUUUUUCCACAUUGAUGAAAAUAUUGUACAGGGAAAAACAUUCCUUUCGGAUGGUUAUAACAAUGUAAAUGCAUCUGAUUCUAGUGAAAAUAUGAAAACAAUACAUUUUUGUAAAAAAAAUGAAGAGAUAGAGAGGUUAUUAGAAUCUGAUAUGGAUGAAAUCGAUACGAACAUAAUUGUAUGUUUACACAAAAUUGCAAAUAAUAUGGAGCAAAAAACGUGUUAUGGAUUUUAUGACAACUAUAUCACACUUGACAUGACUAAUGAUGAUUGUGGAGGGGGGAAGUAUGCGUUUCUAUGUGGAAGGUUGGCAACAAAAAUUAUGUACAAUGUGAAAUUAGAGAAAUUCAUUUAUAAAGUAAUGAAAAAGGAAGAACUAUCAUCACAAUCAUGGGAAACUUUUAUCAAUGGAAAGAUAGAAAAGAAUACAAAUAUCUUUCUCUUUCCAAAUGGAAAUGUAAAUUUAAAGAAUAGAUGUAUGUUAGAAUAUGGAAAUAUAGCUGACUCUGUGUAUAUUUAUGAAGAGCAAGUGGCGACGCGAAGAGACAACGAAGAUGGGGAAGCAGAAAAAAAGAAAACUUUUUUUAUAGGGGAAAAGAUAACCAUUUCCAAUAGCCAUUUUGAGAAAAGUGGAAAUCCAGAUAAACUACUACUUAGGAGGUAUAAUCUUAUAGAAAAAUGUAAACUUGUGGAUACAUUUGGAAUUUUGGUUGCAAAUGUAAAUUUAAAAAAAAACAAAGAAAUAAAAAAUCUCAUAAAUUAUAUGUUAAAAUCAAAGGGGAAAAAAUGCUACACAAUUGCUACUAACAAAUUAAAUAGUGCUAAAUUGGAAAAUUUUUCAGACAUUCAAAUGUACAUUCUGAUUACCUGUCCUGAAAAAAGUUUCCUAGAAUUGUCUGAUUUUUCGAAAAAAAUUAUUAACCCUUGUGAGUUAUUUAUUGCUUAUGGUUAUUUGGAAUGGCAAUGUAAAUACUUCUUUGAAUUUUCCCAUUUGUUGACUCUCCCAUCUGUUCAACACAUAUUGGAAAACAUGAACAAAGGUAAGUAUAAUACAUUGUGGUUCCAUCGCUCCGAAUUACAUGAACUAGAAAAUAAUCCAAAGCAAAGAAGCAGCAGUAAAAACAUUCUUCCAAAUGAGAGUAGCAAUCCUCCUCAUAGGACAGAAAAAAUGCUACAAAGUGAAAACAAUCCAAAAACAACUGACGAAUCAAGCAACCUCUUGGAAAAGUACCAAGAUCUCAUCGAUCACUCCUUACCUAUCCCUGUAGAAGAACAAAGGAAGUUUAUAACUAUGUUUCAUGAAAAAUCUCCCAUGUGCAUAAACUUUUUGGGAACUCUCAAGGAGAACGCUUCGAGGGAAUACAGAGGGGUUGACAUGAAUUACAAUAUUGACAUUGUUCCUGAUAUUGUUCAAGGGGAUGAUGGAAUAGCCCAGCGCUAUGAAUCUGAUAUACGUUUUUGUGGCUGA